AUGUCAGCACUGGGAGAAGUCAUCGUGGCCGUGAAGCUAACCGGUCCGAAGUGUCCGCCUGCAGAGCUCCAGAAAGUGUCGAAUCAAUCGUCGUCCUCCCCAAACAGGCGCACCACCUCACCUGCCUCAUCGUCCCAACACUCAGGGUCCACAACGGGCCCCGAAAAGGCCUGCACAACGUUCCGCACGAUCCUCGGUCUCACAACCUCCUGGAAAACCACCAACACACGCGCUCUCCACGCCCCGCACACCGCCCGCUCCCUCCACGCCCGCGGGGGCACCCUCCUAUUCUCGUCCCGAACGAGCCCGUCCCACAGCGGCACCGCGAACCGCUCCUGUUCGCACUCCCGCAGCAUUUCCCCGCCCGCUAGGCGCCGUGCGGAGCGCGACCUCCCCGGCCUAGGGAAAGGUAGAGGCGAGGGCGGGCAGCGCGCGCACGCAAGGGAGAUAGUCCGCGUCCGAGAGGCGCUCGAGGCGCCGGUCCUCCCGCCGCGCCCCGUACCGCAGGAGGAGGGGGCUGCCGGAGCGGCAGAGGAAGAAGGCGAGGGGAAACGUUUCGGCGUAGGCGUAGUCCCCCGGGGCUUCGGACGCGGGUGAGGUUGACGGCCUCGAUGCCUGUCGCGCCGGACAUGGGCACGGCAAGCCCGGCGCGCGACUUGGGCUGGGAUUGGAUGUCGGCCGAGGAGCAUUGCGAGGGCCACGAGCCG